UACCCUGCCGUCCAUCACGAGUACCCAACUCGCUAUAACAUCACCUCUCGACCCAUCAAGUCUCAUGUCGCUGGUUUAGACUUAGAAAACAAUUCUGCCCGAUUGGAAAAGAGUUUAGAGUUGUAUAUUUGUAUAGUUUUGCACGCGAGGAUCAGGUGUACUGUUGAUUGCAAUUUGUGGGUGAAGAAGAUUGCAAUUGGCGUUGAAGUUGAUACCUGAUAUUUGCUCAGUUUUCUAGUUGAGAUGGGGAAGGGCAAGCACGGACACAAACACGGAUAUCCUCAGCAGGGGGGAGUGCCCUACGGCUACCCACCUGAAGGGUAUCCUCAAGGGUAUCCUCAACAAGGUUAUUACCAAGGUCCCCCAGUCAUGGGACCUCCUCAAGGAUAUCAGCGGAGACGUGAGGGUGGCUUUUUGAAAGGAUGCCUUGCCGCGCUCUGUUGUUGUUGCCUAGUGGAUGAAUGCUGCUGUGAUCCUGAAAUCUUUCUCGGGUGUUAGAUCGAGAAGACUUCCUCCACAAGAAGCAGCCCCGGAUUCAACAUAAUUAAAAUCCCGUUUCCUAAGCUCACCAUCAUGACUCGUCCUACCAUAGAUUUAAAGGAACGAUGAUGAAUUUUUGAUUCACCGCAGCCUCAUGCUUUUGGCUUUUGUGAUGAGGAUUACAGGGUACUCUUCUGUAUAGACUCUUUUAAGUUCUAGCACUGCCGAGUACAAAACAAUGCUUUGGCCAGCAAUUAAUAAUCAAUAACAUUUUCUUUACAACCUCUUGUAAGGUUUAUUUCCAUA